AUGAUUCUUUCUCCUGCAGAUGUCUCAGCUUGUGCUAUCCACGGUAGAGGCUCUGCAACUGAGUCGCAUGGCAUAACCUCCGGAGUUGGGGGGCUUGGAGGUGGCUCCUGCUUUACGCUGAAUCUCUGUUUACGCUCUCUCCUAGGCCUCUUUGCUACUGACAAAGGCACUGAGGGCCCUUCAUCCACAGUAUUCGACGGCAAUCUCCCGCCAAGGCCAGAGGCUCCUGCUGCAGCAUCAGCUGAGCCAUCGGAUAUGUUUUGUGGGGUUGCGGGGCCUACCGAUGGCUCCUGCUCAUCGCCAAUUCUCCGCUUACGGCCUCUUCUAAGAAUUAUUGGUACUAGACGGCUUUGUAAGGGCUUUCCAUGCACAUUAGUUGAUGGGGGACUUCCGUCCAGGCCAGAGGUUCCUGCUGCAGCAUCAGCAGCUGAGCCACUUGGUACAUUUUGGGGGGUUGAGGGGCCUGGAGAUGCCUUCUCCAUAUCG